CUUUUGCACGUCUAUAUACAACAACUAAGAUCGUUGACUCAGUCCGGCGACAAAUCACUCAAACUUCUGCAUUUCCCCUGCUCGAUCGCCGAUUCUCCCUCCUAUUCUCAGCUCCGAAUUCACGAUGAGUGGAGAAGAAGACACGAAGAACAACAGAGGAUUCGUUGUGGGUCACCAGCACCAUCCUCCUCCUCCGCCUUCUCAGCAGCCUCCACAGUACGGUACCUUUCAAGGCGUCGCCAACUACCCGCCGCCGCCGCAUCAGCCCGUCAUCGGCUUCCCUCAACCGGUGCCACCGCCCGGCGCCGCCGCUUCCCAGUACUAUGCUCAUGGCUACCAAACCGUCCCUGCUGCUGGGCUGAUCGCUGGUUCAGGGUACGCCGUUGCUGAAGGAAGACCUGUGCGGCGGGAACGGAGACUCCCUUGCUGCGGUCUAGGUCUUGGCUGGGUCUUGUUCAUCAUUGGUUUCUUUCUUGGUGCCAUCCCCUGGUACCUCGGGGUGUUUGUUCUACUCUGUGCAAGGAUAGACCCCAGGGAGAAACCAGGCUAUGUUGCUUGCACAAUCGCGGCUGUGGUUGCGACAGUUGCAAUCGUCUUUGGAGCCACAAAGGGUGCUCAUGCAUGGUGAUAUCCUGUGUGUGUACUUGUAUAGCUUCUUCCCGGUUUGUUUCAGUAUCAUAUGUAUGUAAACAUCUCCUUGGAGAGACUCUGGAACUUCUGAUACUACUGCGCCGGUUUGGUUGAAAACUAUCUAGUACCUAGCCAGGACUGCACAUCACAAGUCUCAGUGUCUGCAGAUAGAUUCUUAAACAUGUAAUCUGUAUCAGCUUGUAUCCCUGUUUCGUUAUGUCAUAUGUGCAUAUGACUGCUAUACAUUCAUUAGUGUUGAUUCAUGUUACGCAUGUACUGAUGAAAUCCUCCUGUUUAAGGUACAAAAUUACAGCUCAAAUAUUAUCCUUCUCCCCUACCACAAACUUUUACUUUAUUUUGGUUGCAAGGGGCAGCAUUAUAACAAGUGAAGCAAAGCACUGAAACAAGUGCUGAUCCA